UUUCGUAUUUAAAAAGCAACUAUGAAAUGUUCUUUCUCCUUAGUCGUCAUGAAUGGAUCAUUUCCACUGUCUAUACAUUAUACACUGUCUUUUCCAUCUAUACGACAUCAAAACUUUCUCUGUCACGCGGCUAAUUUUUUUCUUCCAGUUUACACUUUCCACUCCUUUGAAAAUUUCCACUUUCACGCCUUCACAAUCAACCCUUUACAUUUUUCUCGUUCACUUUUGUAUCCAUAUAAGGUUUGAUUCAUUGAUGCGAAUCAAUCACCUUCUUCUUCUUCAAAUUUCCACUGAUUUUUCUUUCCAUGUUCACAUGCUGGCUUUAGGCUAUUGUGGGGUUGGUGCAGAAAACCGAAUGUGAUUUUGGGCUUCACUUGCUUCUUGCUUCUUACAAGUCACAGACAGGAAGUAGCAAGUGCAAGAUGGGAAACAAUUGUGUCGGGUCAAAAAUCUCGGAUUAUACACUGUUUUGCUGUGUUUUUUCCAGUUCAUUGGUGUGGCCUCAUCAUCAUCAUCAUCAAACGGUGGUCACAGAAAUUUCUGAUCCAACUUCACUUGUGACUAAAACUAAAGACACAAAUACUCCAGAGAAUGUUCAGGAAAAGCCUCCACGAGUGGUGAAAAUUAACAAAGAGAUUAUUAACAUGCCUUCGGAGCCUGCAAUUAAAAAAAUACCCCGUAAAGUCAAGAGGGUAGCAAUAGGGCUUCGAGAAGAAUCAAUUUUGAAGAGAAAAAGUGGUCACUUUAAGGAGUACUAUAAUUUGGGAGAAGAGCUUGGAAAGGGACAAUAUGGAACAACAUUCCUGUGUACUGAGAAAGCAACUGGGAAAAAGUAUGCUUGCAAGUCCAUUCCAAAAGUGAAACUGCUGAUAGAUGAAGACGUGGAAGAUGUGAGGAGGGAGAUUGAGAUAAUGCAUCACUUGGAGGGGUGUCCCAAUGUGAUAUCGAUUAAAGGGGCUUUUGAGGAUGGUGUUGCAGUUCAUGUUGUGAUGGAGUUAUGUGAAGGGGGUGAACUUUUUGAUAGGAUUGUGGAAAGGGGGCAUUACACAGAGAGAAAAGCAGCUGAACUUGCAAGGACUAUAGUUACUAUUAUAGAAGGUUGCCACUCCCUCGGGGUGAUGCAUCGUGAUCUUAAACCUGAGAAUUUUCUUUUUGUUGAUGGGAAUGAAGAGUCCACACUUAAAGCCAUAGAUUUUGGAAUGUCUGUUUUCUUCAAACCAGAGGAAACUUUUAGGGAGGUGGUUGGAAGUCCUUAUUAUAUCGCACCUGAAGUUCUACGAAGGCAUUAUGGUCCAGAAGCUGAUGUGUGGAGUGCAGGUGUAAUCAUAUACAUUCUUUUAUGUGGAAAACCUCCAUUUUGGGGUGAAUCUGAGCAAGAGAUAUUUGAAGAAGUUUUGCAUGGUGAUCUUGAUUUUACUUCAGAUCCUUGGCCGAAUAUCUCUGGAAGUGCUAGAGACUUGGUCAGGAAGAUGCUUGUUAGAGAUCCUAGAAAACGGAUAACAGCACAUGAAGUUCUUCGUCACCCUUGGAUUCAAGUCGAUGGAGUUGCUCCGGACAAGCUUCUUGAUUCUGCGGUUUUGAGUCGCCUGAAGCAGUUUUCUGUAAUGAACAAGCUAAAGAAAAUGGCUCUUAGAGUUAUUGCAGAGAACCUCUCAGAAGAAGAAAUUUCUGAACUGAAAGUAGCGUUUAAGAUGAUAGACACAGACAACAGUGGUCAAAUUACUUUAGAAAAGCUCAAGGCUGGAUUAAAAAUGCUUGGUAAUAAUCUCAGUGAACCAGAAAUUUUGGACCUAAUGCAAGCUGCAGAUGUUGAUAACAGUGGCACAAUUGACUAUAGAGAAUUCAUAGCUGCAACAUUGCAUUUAAACAAAGUUCACAGAGAAGAUCAUUUAGUUGCAGCUUUUUCAUUUUUUGAUAGAAGUGGAAGCGGCUACAUCACUCAAGAUGAGCUUCAAAAAGCCUGUGAAGAAUUUGGUAUUGAGAAUGUAUGCUUUGAGGAAAUGAUCCAAGAAGCUGAUCAGAAUAACGAUGGCCGAAUAGACUACGAUGAAUUCGUGGCUAUGAUGCUGAAAGGCAAUGCAGAUUUAGGUAUAAACAGGAUAAAGGGUGGCACUGAUUUUAGCAUUGGAUUUAGGGAGGCACUAUCAGUGUGUUGAGAAAAACUGGAAAUUUAUGAUUUUUCUCCCACUUUAUGGUGAAAUUAACUUCUUUUGAAAAGCUUAGUGAGGGGCUAUUUUACUGUAAAAAUGUUUAUGACUUAGUUUCGUUUUUCCAUGUUUGUAUUUGUAAGCUAUGGAGGAAAACAUUAACUUGGCAAU